GAUUUGUGAUGACAGUUAAAUGAAACUUACAACGGUUUUUGUGAUUGUUUUUUCAAAAUUGUUUAGGCUUUGAACUUUAUAAAAACGAAUAAGUCUGACGAUUGGCAUUUCUUCAAUAGCAUAUUACUUUAUCUUGAUUUUAAGCAGGCGUUGAAACGUGAUAUUGUACAAAUUUGGAUAUAGUUACCAACUUCUUUUAGGUAUUAAUUUUGUAAAACGUGAACUAGUGAAGUGUGCAGCCUUCAACCAACUGAUAGCUCAAGUUAAUGGACUAAGCAUUAAUGGAUAAAGCAAAUUUUCCCAGACUUACAAAUAAUGAUUUCAACAUUGGAGGACAAGCCAGUGGAAUUUUGCCGUCUUAUAAUUUAGACACUAGUUGGCCCCCGUUUCCAGAUUUUUGUGACGAUUUCUUUCCGAGGGAAUCUUUAGGCAUUUUAAAUGCUGACAAACUAGCAAACAAUUCUCUUAUUGACCAGAGUGCCCGUGAAUCGUUGGGUAUUCUCAAUCUCAGCGCAUUGGACAUUGGUAGAGACUCUAUAGGAUUGUUUUCUAUCAAUAAUCCAAUUUUCCAGAAGCAGUUCAAACAUGCCGAAAGAACAAAUGCUAGGACUUUCUUAAAUGAUGUCAACAGUCCACGGAGCUCGUUAUCCACAUUUAUAGGAUCUACCACUGAAGAUCGUCCUAGUAUCAUUAGUACUUUUACAUCAUCAUUGAACCCGUUUAAUGAUGCGUUUGUAUGUGACUCUCUAAACACUACUCAUUCGAUUAAUAUUAAAUCCGAGGAUGCACAGACUGCGUUUCUUGGGGCUACAGAUAAUAAUAGUAACAGCAUUAAGUCGCUUCCGUUAAGUUCUGAUGCAGACAGCAUGCAAGACAUGAAAGCUUUCAGUUCUGCCCACCACACUUUUAUUAAGGAGAUAGCAUCUGAUACCAACGAACUUGAUGAUUCUGUGUUUGAGGCAGACAGUUUCAUUGCAUUCGAAUCGAAAGAUAACUUGUUUAAUGAAGGGGCAUAUAAUUUAGAUUUAACGUCGGAACCAGACUGGUCCCAAUGUGACCUCACUCCCAGUGACGAUGAAGGGGGUACCGAUAUUACUGUAUGUAAAGCAGGAAACGUUCCUAUUCAGAUAGAUAAAUUGUUCGGUAUGAAGGCGGCUGGUUUAUCCGAUAAUGUGGGAGUUACGAACGAUGACAAAGUAACCGACUCGUCAGUGAAUAUUAGUCAGAACAUAAGCAAAAUUUCUCGAGCCUCCAGUGGUUCAAGUAACAUUUUGGAAAUGUCACCAAAAGACCACAGUAUCUUGAAAUAUAUUAACAUUCUCUCUGAUCUAAUCGGUACUAAGGAGAAUUUAUCACAACAUCAAAGAACAGAGGGUCAACGUCACUUGCGUGUAUUAGCUGAUUUAUUUCGAGACGAUGAGAAGAAGAUAACUAACUCAACAAAAUUGCUUAACUCAUCAAGGCAAAAUGUUCAGCUUAUUAAAGAAGAGGAGAAAAGAAAAAGCAAUGAGAAUUCGUUUCUUGCGACUGCAACCUGCACAAGUUCAAGUUCAACUAGCGCUGCUAAACCUUUGAAAGAAGCUCGUCCACUGAAUAAUUUAACUUCUCAAAACAAGGCCAUUUCUGCGGCAAAUAAAUUUAACAAAAUCAAAGCAUCUGCGCCGUUAAAAAAAGAACCUUUAAGGGCUAUACUACCUGUAGAAAAUAUGAGUAAGGCCAAGAUGAUCAAAAAAUUAAAUAAUUCUAGUACUCCGGAGCAGAAAAUAGCAGGAUCUAAAAAUGCGUUUUCAUUAAAUAAAAGUAGCUCGUCAUACCAGGAAUCAAAAUUGAAGCCUUUAGCAGCAUCCACGCCUGACAGCCGGCUGUCCAAUUCGUAUAGGAAAACUGAUGGUAAACGAAGCUUUUCAGGAUCAUUUUCAAGUUCAAAUAUUUCCGCUGUUGCUUCUGAAAAAACCCAGACAAGAAAGUCUUUGCCUAAGCUCGGUGGUGCAGUUUUAAUGAGAAGAAACUCCGAUUUUGCAGGCGACAGGAAGAAAGAUGUUCAAAAGCUCAAGCGAAGCAAUUCAACUGGAAGAGAAUCGAAGCUUUCUAUCGCCUUAUCAAAAGUUCGAAAAAAUAUGUUAAAUUCUCCCCAUUUGAGUACAGUAAUGCGAGGAUUCAACAGCCAGGGCAUUAGCCAACCGACUAAUUUAGUAUCCAAAUAUUCAACAAAGUUUGCAGAUAAUACCGUUGGAAAAGAAAAUAUGGAGCCUGUGACAGCGCGACAAAGUAAAUAAGUGAUAUUAAUAAUAUUUUUUGUAAUUUUGUAUGUGUGCUUGUUCAUUGUUGAUAGCUAUUUCAGUGCAAAAGUAAAUAUUUAUGGAAAGUGUUUAAUAAUAUAAAUCUCUAUUUAAUACUCAUAUAAAGAUAUUACAUUCUAGACUGUAAAGAAAGAUUUAUAUGUUUGCAUAAAAAAAUAUUGAAAUAUAUCUCUAAUUUGUAAUAUGAGAAA